GCAUUCCAAGGUAGUUAUAAAGCACAGUAGUGCAGAUUCCACAGUAGUUCCAAGUUACAGUAGUGCGAAUGGAUGAUGUUUUAUAUGAUGUUGAUGUUUGCGAAGAUGAAAGUGAAGUUGGGUCGAUGCCGGAGUGUCAGAUGGAUCUUACAGAGGUUGACGUAUACACACGUCUCGAACACAAAGAACGCGAUUUAAUUAUCGCUGCAGAACUCGGCAAAUCAUUGUUGGAGAAAAAUGAGUUUUUGUUGCAAGAGAACGAGCGAAUAAGCGUCGAUUAUCGCGAUCGAUGUGAGAUCCUGGAGCAACAAAAACACGAGUUACGUCAGAGGUUCGAAUUCAAAACCAGCGAAUGGGAGGCGAGAGUGGCGCAGCUCAGUAGCGACCUUAGGCGGACACAAGAGCAAUUGGAGGAUCAUAAAGCAAUGUGGGGAGCAGCCGAGCGUGAAAAGUCACGUGCUGUGGAUGAAAUGACUCAGCAAAACCAGAAACUGCUGAGUCAACUUCAAAAGUCAUCCGAAGCUGAGCGACAAUUAUCGAUUCAAGUUCAACAAUUAAGACGAGAGUUCAUCCAAAGGUCAUCGACAGCUAGCGUAAAAAUUGUGGAAUUGGAGUCGUUGAAAGAAGAG